AUGGGGCCUUACGAGUGCUCAAAUUGCAAGUACAAAUUUAAUUUUAUAGAUAACUUAGAGAGGCACGUCGCACGGAAUAGAUGCGGAUCUAGCUAUGAUCCUUCUAUCAACCUUCUCAAUAUCACCGAAGUCAAUUUGGAGGUAAUUGACCCUCCAUUUAAGAACAUGAAGGUUCCUACACCCGAGCCACGCUUGAGAGCUCUCCCUCCGAGAACUACAAGAGUUACCCGCGGCAAUGCGACGCAAGUAGAGAAGCAGCAGAUAGUCGACGAAGUCUCCAAUGGACGUGAUAAGGUAUUCCAAUGCGACUGUGGUAAACAAUACGGCUACAGGGAAUCUAUCUAUAACCACAAAAAACACGGUAAAUGUACCGGAAAGCCCUGGGGUGCAGCAAUUAUAAAGUGCAUUCCAGCUAAUCCCACUGUAGACGAUAGGAAGGACGCCUAUAAGAAACGCAAAGUUACUGACGAAGAGGAGGCCGACUCGAAAAGUACCUCAUCCUCACCUGCGCCCGUAAUACAACCAACAUCUCGUCAGCAGAGAGCCGCUGCAGCCCAAGCAACGAAAACACUGUCACAGGAGCCACAGACUGGUCGCACGAAUUUGCCGACGCUUCCUCCACUCUCUUCUCUUGAAGAUCACAAACCAGAUGUUUCAAUGUUCGUGCAAAACCCAAUGACAGUACAUCCACAACCGGCUACUAUUCAAUACCCUAACCAACCUUUAUAUAAUAGCAUGGCUCCACCUAACAUCCCCGGUAUAAGCUCCUCAGCUUCAACUCCUACUUCAGAAGUUCCACCAUCUAUCAAAAAACCAAUUACAAGGAUAAGGCAACCAGAACACGAGAAAGCUUUCGCGUGCGAUUGCGGUAAGCGUUUCGCUUAUAAGACUUCUAUAUACCAUCAUAAGAAUAGAGGUGGUUGUCCAGGUAGACCUUGGGUUACUUCAGAAGGUGGUCACAGAAAUCGUGCAAAAACUGGCAAACAUCUGUCGAUGAUGAGGGCCCACGAAUUGGCUCAAAAGAUGGGUGAAGUUGGUACUUUGAACGUUGAUUUUGAUAAUGUACCUGAUCAUUUGAAAGCCGAAGUUGCGAAUCCAAUAAUCGUCAGUAAAACAAAAAGGAAGAAAAGCUCCAUUUCAAAUGGAUCAGAAUCCAGCUCAAAUGCGGCUGGCACUUCGCAAGAUGGUAGCGCUGGACCAAGUGAAACACCACAGCCCAGACCUACUAUCGGUUUAAAAAUAAAGGAAUGGAAAGAACCCCAUCCACGUCAAAUUGGAAGACCAAGUCUUGCCAGACAACAAUUAGAACAAGAGAUUCAUCAAGGAAAUAAGCAUUUAAUAUCUGUACAUUCACCUAUGGUCUCAUCUCCAACAAAUCAAAUACCAAGACCUUCAAAUUAUUCACCUUCGCCACAUGAGUCGUCAGCCCCACCUAUUAUGCAUACAACAUCACAAACAAAUGCGCCGACGGCAAUCUCAACUACACCAUCUAAUGGCCAAUACAAUCCUUUGUCGAUGUCGCGACAAAAUACACAACUUGUUAUGCAACAUGAAGGCAAUCAAACAAUGCAGAGACAUCAACAUCAACAUGCUCCAGUUACAUCACAACCUUUAGUUAAUAAUAAUCAUCCUUUUGCACAACAAAAUUCACAGUUAAUGACACCAAGUAAUUCAAAUAAUCCUGAAUCAACCACUCCAUCACACGCAUCACUCGAAUUUGAUGACAGUAUUGACAGUGAAGCUUACGCUUUCGGUGAUAUAGAUGAUGAAGGUUGCAUUUCUAGAACCCGUUGGGGUCCUGCCGGUCAAGCAUUGGCUGAGAACUUGGCUAAACGACAUGAAUUGCGUAAACCAGCUUCGCCAACUCCGUUUAGACCUUUCGUUUGUUUAGUUCCUGGAUGUGGUAGAUCAUACAAAAAUAGCAAUGGCUUAGCCGCACAUUUCUCUUCAAUUAGAGAAUCAGGACAUGGAGAAUUAGGACGUAAACUUAGAGAUGAAGCAAAAGAGAAAGACCAUAACCCUGGAUUCGUUGGCGUUUUUGAUUCUAUUAUGAUGGAUCAUCCAAUACCUGAUGAACCUGAGCCUGAAGAUUAAACUUAAUAGACUUGACAUAUCAAUUUCAAUAAGAAUAAAUGAUAUUUAUUUUUAAUACAAUCUGUAAAUACAUUAAUGUAUGACU